AAAUGAAAAGUAUAAGUUGGUUUAAUCUUUGAGAGAAGUGAGAAUUUAAGUUGAAGAUUUAAAUGAAAACAUCGUCUUCUUGUAGGAACAACUGGAUCAAUCAAUAUGGUUCUGAUUCGUUAGUGAUCAAUGUCUUCUGAAACUAGCACUAGUAAAAGUUAAAGAGAUCCAGAAAAGAUCAGAAGAGCAAGUAAAUAGCUUGUAUUUUUUGUACAAGAAACAGUGAGUCCAUAAAUCCGGUAAGCAUGAACUGCUGUGAAUCGAUGGAGUCCAAGAAUCGAAAGCGCAUCAAUGAUGAAAUCGAAAGGCAGUUGCGCCUGGACCAGAGAAAUGCAAACCGCGAGCUUAAACUGUUGCUACUGGGCACGGCCGAGUCCGGCAAAUCAACAUUUUUCAAACAAAUGCGUAUUAUCUACGGCAAUGGCUUUUCGGAAGAAAAGAAGCGUGAGUACAUCAAGCUGGUAUUCCAGAACAUAUUUAUGGCCAUGCAGUCAAUGAUCAAGGCCAUGGACAAGCUGGAAAUUUCCUAUGGUCAAAAAGAAAACGGCGAACUGGCCGAUCUUGUGAUGAGCAUCCAUUACGAGAAGGUUGAAGUGUUUGAGGAUCCGUACGUGAGUGCCAUUAAAACACUUUGGGGCGAUGCUGGCAUCCAGGAGUGCUACGAUCGUCGCAGGGAAUAUCAGCUAACUGAUUCGGCCAAAUACUACUUAAGCGACAUAGCUCGAAUUGAGCAAGAUGAUUAUUUGCCAACCGAACAGGAUAUUCUGCGUGCUCGAGUGCCGACAACAAACAUUCAUGAGUAUCCAUUCGAAUUGGAUGGGUUUGUGAUCAGAAUGGUUGACGUAGCAGGACAACGAUCCGAAAGAAGAAAAUGGAUUCAUUGCUUUUCGAACGUGACAUCAGUUAUAUUUUUGGCAGCGCUAUCGGAAUACGAUCAAGUCUUGUUUGAAUCUGAAAGUGUUAAUCGAAUGAUGGAGUCUAAGGCUUUAUUUCGAACGAUAAUAACAUGCCAAUGGUUUCAAAACUCGUCACAUAUUCUUUUUCUGAACAAAACAGACUUGUUGGAGGAGAAAAUAAUGUCCUCGCAUUUGGCGGACUAUUUUCCUGAAUACGACGGUCCACAGCAAGAUGCAGAAGCGGCUCAAGAAUUCAUAUUGGAAAUGUAUCAAGGAUUAAAUCCAGAUUGUUGUAAACAAAUCUAUCCUCAUUUUACAUGUGCUACCGAUACGGAAAAUAUUAGGUUCGUUUUUGCGGCUGUUAAGGACACCAUACUGCAAUUGCUCCUUAAGGAUAAUAAUUUGCUAUAA